UUCAAUCAAAUAAACAAACAAACAAACUCUUCAGGUUUAUAAUAUUAGUAUAGAUAAAAUUUUCGGGAAAAUUAAGCCAAUAUUGUGUAUCUUACUUUAUCAGAGAAUAUACUCGUAAAUUUAAUUAUCUAGUUUUAACUUAGUACUUCAAUUAGUAGCAAAGGCUCGCACUAAAUGGUACUUUACUUGACUUGGCACUACAACGGUUUCUAUACAAAUUUAUUACCUACCAAAGAUUUUCUGUCUAGUUUAUCAUCAUUUUAACCAUAAAUAUAAGAUCGGACUUACACAAUCUUGGCCUUAUAUAAAGAUGCUCUGCCUAAAUAACUUGUACUUCAAACUGGAGAUACCUUCCAGUCUUUGAAUUACUUUGAAAUAAUAUAGAUGAAAAAAAAUAGAUUGUACAGUAUGCGUGUUUUAGACGACUUUACCAAUUGUGAGUCGAACGUGCGUUUGGACGGCAAAGUGGCGCUAGUAACCGGAGCAACAUCUGGUACGGGGCUAGAAAUUGCCAAAAACUUAGCCAGACGAGGUGCCAAAGUCAUCAUCGCAAGUAGAAACCCUGCCAAACUAGAAACAGCAAGAAAUCAAAUCAUCCAAAGCUCAGGAAACGAAAAUGUAGACGCAAAACCAAUAGAUUUUGAAUCACUGAAAUCUAUAAGAAAUUUUGCCUACGACAUACGAAUGUUUGAACCAAAAUUGAAUAUUCUUAUAAACAACAUCGGUGCGAUUGGCUUAGACGACAGAUUGACUGGAGAUAAUUUACAUACGAUGAUGCAGGUGAAUUAUUUCGGAGCGUUUUUACUAACAUUCCUUCUAUUCCGGCUGAUGAAAGCAUCAGCACCGAGCAGAAUUGUAAAUGUGUCAUCCUUGGCUCUAAUUCUUGGGAAAAUAGAGAUAGACCACAUGAAUGAUGUCGGGAGGUACUCGAAUUUUAGUAUCUACUGCAACGCGAAGUUAGCAGAUGUGCUUUUUACAGUUGAAAUGGACAGAAGAGUUAGAGGAAGUGGUGUCAGUGUUUACAGUAUGGAUCCAGGUUUGGGGAAAUCGCAGUUUUUUAGAAACUAUGGUAGCUCGUUUUGGAAGAAUACAUUGAACUGUUUACUUUUAAUAUUUGGUAGACCUUUACACCGGGUCGCGAUAAUGUCAGUAUUCUUAGCGAUCGACCUGAGGGUUGAAAGGGCAAGUGGAAAACAUUUCAGGGACUGUCACGAGUUUUACAGCUCAUGGUUUGCUAAUGACACAAUUUUAACUGCAAAAUUGUGGGAGGAAUCGAAGAGACUGGUGGGAAUCACGCCGAAGGAGGAUUGGGAAAGAUUUUAGUGUAAAGAAUCUAAAAAGAUUUUAGUUAAUUAAUACACUAAUACUAAAUAAUUUUGUGUAAGUAUAGUAAAAUAGGUACAAGUAUAUUCUGAUAAGAGAGUAUCAAAUUAAAACAAA